AUGUCGUGGUACAACAAAAUCAAGUCGAAUCUGCCGGCGCAGGUAGCGGGUAUCAAUCUCGAGAAUGCACUUCAGGCGGUCGCCUCCCCCGCGGCCAACGCUAUGCGCUCCUCCACAGACGGAGGCCCGUCCUCCCAGGGCGGCUCGCCCCCGCCCUUUCCCUCGCUCUCCCCCUCCACGCCCGCCGCAGCUCCAGCCCCAGCCGCGGCUCCCCCGGCAGGCGAUAACACACCGAUGAGGAUAUCUCUGGACUCGGCGUCGAGGGAGGAGCUGGUCAACUUUGUGAAGAGGCAGGCCAUCGCCGUCAAGAAGCGCGACGAGAAGAUCUCCGAGCUGGUCGACGCCUACAAGCGGCUCGCCAAGGAGCGAAACGACUUCAAGGCCAAGAUCGAGGAGCGCGACAAGGAGGACGAAGCCAUUCUCAACGCCGACGUCGGCCUUGCGCCGCCGCCACCUGAAGACGACGACCGCCCCAAUGCCACCGAUGCCGCCGAGUCCAACGGCGCCGACGGAAACGACGUCGAGAGCGAGCUCGCCAAGCAGCUGGGCAGCGGCCAAGAGAACAGCGAACAGCAGCAGAGUGGCGAUGACGACAAGACCGAGCCCAGUGGCAGCGUAAAUGAUGCCAGAAGCGGUGACGACGGUGGCACGGUGUACCAGAUCGACGAGGAAGAGCGCGAGAAAGAGGCGCGCAGGAAGGAGCUCGAACGCCAGCGUGAGGCGGCCUACCAGGCGCGGCUCCGGGAGCUGGUGCGCGAGGGGCACGUACUGCGGCGGGCGGUGCGCGAGGCGCGGGAGCAGGCCGCGGAGAAGGAGCGCGCGCUUGUCGGGCGCGUGGAGGAGCUCGAGCAGCGGGUGCAGGAGCAGAAGGACCUCUACGACACCCUGCAGACCAAGUCCGGCGAACAGAUCGAGCGGCUCGCGACCGAACUCCAACGGAUGGCCGACAGUGAGGCGCGUGCCAAGGCCGAAAUGGAAGCCCGGCACAAGGAAAAGGUGGAUGAGUUGGAGGGCGAGCUGGCCAAGCAGAGGGACGCCCAGAAGGAGUUGCUCGAGGCCGGUCAGCGGCGUAUCAAGGAGCUGAACGCUGAACUGGAGGACAGCCACGCUAAGGCGAAGGAGCUGGGCGAGGACCUUCACAAGGCCCAGGAGUCCCUGGCUGAACGAGAGCACCACUUGGUGUCCCUGCAGAAGGACAAGGAAGUGGAGCUUCAGGGCCUGCACGACACGCUCAUACUUAUGAGGAACGAGGCCCAGGCGAUGGGAGUGGAGAGCGCCAAGCUCAAGGACGAAAUCGCUAAGUGGCAGCGCGAAGCGGCCGACAGGGCUGCGCUGGCCACCGAGCUGCAGGCCCUCAAGGAGCGCCAAGGCCAGGAAAGCGACGCCAGCGAGCAGACCCGCCAGGCCGACCUCAACUCCAUCGCCGACAAGGAGAGCCGAAUCCGAGAGCUCGAGGAGGUCGUGGCCCGGCUUUCAAGCGCCGAACACGCCGAACUCGCCGAGCGCCCGCCCACCGAUCAGGGGGACAGCGAAGCGGUGGCGGCUGCGCGUGCGAGGAUCGCCGAGCUGGAGAGCGAAGUGGAGGCGCUUCGAAGCAACGGGCAGGGUGGCGGCGGAGAGCAGACGAGCGACUGGAUCGCCGAGAAGUCGGAGCUGGCGCGCCAGGUCGAGGAGCUGAAGCAGACGCUCGAGGCCGGCCAGCAGCGGACGAGCGACGGGGCGGCGGGAGCGGAGGAAGCAGAAGAGAGCCGACAGAGAGAGCGGGAGGGGCUCGACGAAGAGAGGCGGGCGCUCGAUGAGGAGCGCGAGCGGCUGGAGAAGGAGAAGGACGAGACCCACGAGGAGCGCGAGCGGCUGCAGGAGGAGCGCGAACGACUACGCGCCGACCGCGCGGAACUCGACCAGCUCCACUCCCAGGCCCAGGCCCCCACCGACGAGCAGGCGGAGGCGGAUACGGAGGAGAAGACCGACGACGCGCAUCAGAGCGAAGCGCUGCGCGAUGAGACCGAGCGACUGCGUGCGGACCUGCGCCAGCGCGAGGAGGACCUGACGCGCAAGCGGGAGCAGGUCGUGCGGCUCAAGGCCAGGGCCCGCGAGCUGGUCAAAAAGGCCCGCGAGGACCGCGACCGGCUGGAGAAGGCGGUGCACAAGGCCGAGGACGAGCAGGCGCGGCUCGGGGCCGACCGCCAGCAGCUGGGCACCGAGCUGGAGGCGGCCCAGGCGCGGCUGGCCGAGGUCGAGCGCGCGCUGGCCCAAGGCCAGGAGCAGGUUGAGAAGGCGAUGGCGCGCGAGCGCGAGGGCUUCAGGAACACGCUCAAGGAGGUCAACGAACGACACGACAAGUCACUGGCCGACAAGGACGACGCCCUGCGCAAGCUGCGCGAAGAGAAAGAUGAGCUGAUCGGGAAGGUCAACGCAGCGGCAGAGGAAAAGGCGCACACAGACGAGACGCUGAGCAAGCUCCAGGAGGUGAUGAUGCAAAAGGACACCCAGUACAAGGCGGUCAAGGACAACGAGAGCAAGCUGCUCAGCCUCAUCGAGAUGGAGGAGAUCAAGGGGGAGGUGGAGAAGCGGAACAAGCUCAACCAGCGGAUCGAGGAGGAGAAGGAGAAGCACAAGAAGGCGGUGGAGGAGAUGCAGGGCAUGCUCACGGAGCACCGGCUGGGCGAGGAGCAGCUGGGCCACAUCAAGAAGCUCAUGAAGGAGGCCGACGAACGCCACCGCGACGCUCUGGCGCGGGCCGAGCGCGAGCGGCAGGAGGUGGUCGACGCGCACGAGCGGACCAAGGCCGAGCGCGAGCGCGACAGGGAGGAGCGCGGCAAGCUGCAGGCCAAGAUCAAGAAGCUCAAGGACCUGCUCAAGCUGGCCGAGAAGCACCUGGGCGAGACCCGGCAGAAGGUGGCGGCCCGCGAGGAGGAGCUGGCCGGGCUCGGCCUGCAGAUGGACGGGCUGCGGCGCGAGCUGGAGGCGGCCGCGCAGCGGGUGGAGGCCGAGCGCGCCGAGACCGAGAAGCGCGUGACGAUCGAGGUCAAGGCCAAGGCCCGCGAGGAGUUCCUCCAGCAGCUGCGCAAGGCCGCGCAGGUCUACAAGGAGAAGAUGAAAGAAUUGGUCACGCAGGAGCUGGAGGACACCAAGGCCGAGUUCAGGUCCUACAAGCUGCGUGCCCAGUCGGCCAUCGCCUCUGCGGGUCCCGCCGGCGACUCGCCAAGCACCGAGCGGAGCCAGGCGGCGAGCGGCGGCGAAGGCCCAACGGAGGACGAGGCGCACAGCGAGGCGCCGCAGGCCCUGUCGAGCAUUGUUUCGCUGCAGGAGGAGGUGACGCAGCUGAGGAAGGAGGCGGAGCGGCUGCAGGCCGAGAACGAGGAGCUGCGACACUACGAGGCCACCGCCGACGCGCUGCAGACCGAGCUCACCGAACUCCAGCACCGACACCAGAACGAGGUCCAGGAGUUCGAGAACGUCAGAGCGGACAUGCGAAAGAGGAAUCAGGAGUGGGAGGAGCGGCUGGCCGAGCGCGAGGCCGAACACCGGCGGCUCGUUGAGGAGAAUCGCCACAACGUGCUCCAGGCGCGAAGAGAGAACGCCGACAAGCUCAAGGAACUCGAGCAGCGCCUGCAAACCGAACAGGAGAGCACGCAAGCUGCGCUGAAGGAGCGGGAAGAGCGCGAAGCGCAGUUGGUCAAGGAGAUCAAGAUUUUGGAGCAGCGUAUCAGGCUGCUCAACGGCAUGACCGGAGCCAAGCCCACCUACGCCUCAUUGUCGUCAUCAUCGUCGUCGGUCGCUCCGCACUCGGCGUCGCCGUCGCCCUCGGUCUCGCGUUCGACGUCGUCGGUCUCGCUCGCUGACCUGGACAUGUCGGCCGCCGCCGCUGCGCCCAACAAGCCCAGGGAAGACGAGCGCGGGCUCACCAACAACGUCCUCUACAACCAGAUGAAGGCCGCGCAUCGAGAGGAGCUGCAUCGAUUGAAGUUGGAACUGGAGGACCUGAGGUCGGCCUUGGCCGACGCCGAGCGCACCACGAAGCUGCACCUCAUGCAGGAGCAGGUCCUCAAGGAGGAGAUUCGCGAGUUCGAGCGCGCACAGAAACGAGAAGGCUCCAACAUCGGGUAUCUGAAGAACAUCAUCGUGAAGUACAUGGAGACGGGGGAGCACGAUGCGCUCCUCCCGGUGAUAUCGACCGUGCUGCAGUUCACGCCCGAGGAAAUCGAGCGAAUCAACCAACGACGCAAGGCCAACUCCUUCUGGGGCUCGGUGUGGGGCAAAUGA